AUGAGGCCCGACGUCCCCAUCCCUCCAUCACCGCAGCCACCAUACCCGCUCCGUCAGGAGUCCACCAUCAUCAGCGGCUUUGGUCGUGGGUCGUCUGAGCUUGGCAUCCCCACCGCCAACAUCCCCAUCAACGACGACCUCAACGGAUUGGAAACCGGAAUCUACUUUGGAUGGUGCCAAUUGGUCCCCCAGAACGGUCCCAACACCACUGCUGACCGCAAUGGUGCCACCAUCGUAUUCAAUCACGGCCAGGAGCUCACGGGGGCCGAGUUGGAGCCACUUCCCAUGGUGAUGCUGAUCGGAUGGAACCCAUUUUACGCCAACAAGUCCAAAGCAGCCGAGGUCCAUAUAAUCCACAGCUUCAAGGACACCUUCUACGGCGCUGCCAUCAAGUACACCGUGUUGGGGUACAUCCGACCCGAGUUGGACUACACCACUAAGGAAGCAUUGAUUCAGGACAUCAAGCGGGACAUCGAGAUCGCGGAGGCCACCUUGGCCACCGACGCGUACAAGGUGUUACCAUAG